AAUAAUAAUUUGGGGGUCCCAAAAAUUGACUAAUUUCGAAAUAUUUGCCCAUAAUAAGAGGUAAGUAGUCGUAAAUUAUGUUUAAUACUGGUUUUAAAAGAACAUAUGGAAACUAAAACACACGAUUCGGAACUACACUUCUAAAAAAUGCACCUUUGACGUUAAAUUAGUGUCAAAAAGCCACAAAUUCAUCGUGAAUCCGCAAAAUCAAACGAAAAUGGCAUCAAAUGAAGUCAAAUUCGAAAUAUUGUGGUUUAUAAUCAAUUUUUGCGGCUGUUUAGAGCGUCCUAGGGAAUUUCAUUUUGUCACCAAAACGUCUUCACUUUGAGGUUAUGUUUGUAAAAAUAUCUCUCCCAGAAUUAGUUUUUAGCGCACAAAAACAACUAUUGAGCGACUCGUACCAAGAUUAAAUCAUGUCGAUUCUGGAAUACUCGAAGAUUGCAAGUGUCGAAGACUGCAAAAUUUGGACAAACUUCACCCAAUGGUCACUUUUUAACUGUGAAAAUAGCAACCUCGAGCUUUACCAGUGCAAACACUGCAACUUCCAAACCGAACUAACGCUUUUGUGGAAAAAACACACCAGGGAACACCAUGGCUUUAAAAAAACUGAAUACGUCGUACGAAACUAUAUUUGUAAAAAAUGCGCCUUUGAAACACAUUUUUCAAUGAAAUAUCUACGACAUACGUGUCGUUGUUCCAGAAGGCGCGAAAAUACAAAAAUCGUCGUUAACCCGAACAAAAAACACAAAUGCGACCAAUGCGACUUUUAUUCCGACUACAAACACGUCAUAAACGCCCACAAAAUCUCACGACAUUUGACAGAUACCGAAGCGUGUUGGUACAAAUGUGACCAUUGUCCGUACAAAACCAAACAUCGCCGAUAUUUAAACAUCCACAUGAAGAGUCAGCACUUGAACGAGCAAGAUAUUAAAUGGUACGACUGCAGCCACUGCUCUUUCCGAACCAAAUACCUACAAAAUUUAAACAUCCACAUAAACGCGCGCCAUUUAGACGAAGACUACGUUAAAUGGUACGAAUGCAAAAUGUGUUCGUACCGAACCAAGCAACAGUCGAACUUGGCGAGUCACGUCAAAGUGCACCAUUUAAAACAACAACAAAUCAAAUGGCACGAAUGCCAAAAGUGCCCGUUCAAAACCAAACACAGGUCGACUUUAAAGCGACACGUGAUUACGCACCAUUUAGACGAAAAAGAGAUUAAAUGGCACGAGUGCCAGAAGUGCCCGUUUAAAUCUAAAGUCAAGUCGUCUUUGAUUAGGCACAUAAAUGGGCUGCAUAUGGACGAACAGGAUAUUAAAUGGUUCGAAUGCGACAAGUGUCCGUACAAAAGUAAACAUUUGUCGAAUUUUAAAGCGCAUAAUAAAGCGCGACAUUUAGAUAAAGGGGAGAUUAAAUGGUACGAGUGUCAGAAGUGUUCAUUUAAAACUAAAUAUACGACGAAUUUAAAAAAUCACGUGAAUGUACAUCAUGUGGAUAAAGAGGAUAUCAGGUGGUUUGAGUGCAAAAAGUGUUCUUAUAGGGGGAAACAGCGGUCGAAUUUAAUAAAUCAUAUAAAGAUGAAUCAUUUGAAUGAGGAGGAUGUUAAAUGGUAUGAAUGUGAAAAGUGUACUUAUAGAGCUAAGGUGAAGUCGAGUUUGAAAAGACACGUAAAGGCGCGGCACGUAAAUAACCAGACUGAGUGAACCAAUAAAGAUUUUUAAAAAUAUA